AAGGCUGAUCGAUAAAAUAUCGAGCCAAUUACGUGAAAAACCCUUAACACCAAAGCACGGUAAAAGAACAGAAAAUAUUACYUGAAGAAUUGAUCAGAAUUAGAUAAAUACAAAAUACUGAUGAAAAUCGGUUUAYUAAGAAGCGAGUAUCAUGAUAAACAAUACCAGUGGAAGCAGAGCGAUGGUAGGACCGGGAGAUGCAGUGUGGAUCCUGACAAGCGCUUUCAUUAUUUUCACAAUGAUUUCUGGAUUUGGUUUGGUUGAAUCCGGAAUGGUAUCGCGGAAGAAUGAGGCCAACAUCAUGGUAAAAAAUGCAAUCGAUGUCAUCUUUGGUGGUCUUGGUUUCUGGAUGUUCGGAUUUUCCUUCACAUUUGGACACGAGAGUGCAAAUGGCUUUUGUGGUUUUGGAAGCUUUUUUACGGAUGCAGACGAGUCCAAAAUGGGUSAAGUGUUCUCUUUAUAUCUUUUCCAGGCAUCAUUUGCAACAACUGCUACAACUAUCGUCUCCGGUGCAGUAGCAGAAAGAAUGAACUUGAAGGCAUACUCUUUAUUUGCCUUUACCAACACAAUAACCUACUGCUUUCCUGCACAUUGGGUUUGGGGAGACAAAGGCUGGUUGAAAGAAAUGGGAGUGGUAGAUAUGGGUGGGGCAAGUCCUGUUCACCUAGUUGGUGGUGUUGCUGGGCUGGUGGCUACAUUAAUUCUUAAGCCAAGAACUGGAAGAUACAAAUGUAGGCCUUCCAAGAAGUCGUGGAAUCAUGAUAUGGCCUCUCCAACAAAUGUUCUACUCGGCAUGUUUAUGCUUUGGUGGGGAUGGCUUGGCUUUAACUGUGGAAGCACGUUUGGGGUCAGCGGAGGGAAAUGGAAGCUGGCUUCCCGGUCGGCUGUUUGCACUCUCAAUGCUUCUGCGGGAGGAGGAGUUUUUGUGACAUUUUACAGCUACAUUCUGUUUAACAGGUUGGAUAUUCCUUUAUUCAUGUCGGGAAUAUUGGGCAGUCUGGUAAGCAUCACGGCCAUUUGUGGAGUAGUAAGGCCUGGCGAGAGCAUUAUCAUUGGAUUUAUUGGUGCUGUUGUUGCUACUGUUGGGUGGCAGUUGUUGGAGCGCUUUGAGAUCGAUGAUCCAGUAGGUGCUGUGUCGAUUCAUGCUGGUGGAUCUAUAUGGGGAAUGAUUGCAGUUGGGAUGUUCGUUGAGCCUGACAACCUCGAGAAAACAUUUUCGCACACCUACGGUGCUUUUAAAGGUGGUAACAUACGUAUCCUUGGAGUCCAGAUAUUGACGUGUGUGGUCAUAUCUGCCUGGACAGUAGUUGUUGUACUUAUCCAAUUCCUGAUUAUUGAUAAGAUGUUAGGGCUGAGAYUAUCGAUUGAAGAAGAGUUUCUUGGUGCAGAUGCUAUAGAGCAUGAUUUACAUUAUCAGAGUGAUGUGAACAGUAAUAAAAAACAGGUGUCAAAGGUUACCAAAAGAAAUAUUAUUGAACCAAUAAGCCCAAUCCUCCAACUGGAAAAUCAUCGGCCAACUACGUCUUGCUCAGACGACCAGGAAUUACCAUUGGAAAAAAGAAUGAUAAGUAUAGAAGAAGAUGAGGCAGAAAUGGACAUUGAGCAUGAAUUGAUUCGACGAACCAAAGAUAAUUCUUUUAAACCACGUCCUCGCAAACCGAACGUGAAAAUAAUAGUCACACCUCCCAGCAGACAAGGCAACCAUCUUCUUUGAAUGAUAUCAACAUAUGAAAGCUAUUGUACGCGUUCAUUCAGCAAGUAUCAAACAAUCAGUUUCAUUCCUCGAAACUGAAUGAACUCUGCAUGGACUCUUGUUUAAAGGGAUAUGUCGAUAGCAGCUCUGACUUUUAAUUUUGAUUAAGAGGUGGAAGUUUUGAUUAGACGUUUUAAAGAAACAGCAAAUGGUGUUAGCGGYCAACAACSUUUAGAAAGUUUACUCUAAAAUUACAGAAAGUCAGAGAAUAUAAAUAUUAAUGCUGCUGACUGUUAUAGAUUACGUCUAUUUUGAUUCCAUCAGUAUAAAAGUAGUCUUCACGGUAAGCAAAAACCACAGCAUGAAAGUUUCAAUUGGCACAUUGAUAGAUGUAAAUUCUUUGUUAAUGACUGCAAUUAAGCUUUAUCCUUCAUCCUCGUACGUAAUUAUUAAAUUGUGCACAGUUUUGAAUUGCAUGUCCUAUUACUGACACACUCUUGACGUCAUAGAGUAUUGAAAAAAAAUUUUAGUGGACCCAAGACCUCAGCGAGGGCAUACAACAACAAAUAAAAAAACGUUUGCACUAAAUUUUUAUCCCAUAUUUAAUCUAAAAACGAAAAUAAUUAUUUUCUUUCAAAUGAGCGCGUGGGCGAGAAAUGAUGGUGUAAGCAAAGUGUGCAUUUCCUCUUAWUAACACACUCUAAUCAGCGAAUAGAUCUUCGCACGAAAAUUAACACAAAUGUAGUAAAAUAUAAUAUUCUUGAAAACGUUCUUGCUAUUUUUCUUAUUCAUUAUUGAAGAUGACAUAAACUAGYAUUCAUGACAUCAAGGAUGUAGUCGUAACGAAUAAAACUUCGAAGCGCGAA